CCUGUUCCGGUGUUAUCCUGCCCGCCGCCUUCCCACCCCCCGUCCCCUGGAAUAUAUGGACAUGAACCUGCUACACCACCAGGCUGCUGCUACACCCCGCCAACUGGAGGCGGCACUGUGCCACUGAAACGAUGCGUUGAACUCGUCGCAGGAUAAACUGCUCGGAAAACGGAAACCACUGCUCACGGAAAGCCUCUUGAGCCGGACUCUCCGGCCCCGGCAAUCAUGUCCAGCAGUCACUCCGGCACAAUUGGCCGUAAACGGGUCGGCAGCGGCAGCGGCAGUGCUGCCGGCAGCGAAUACUAUUAUGCCUCCGGCGGUAUCGGAGGCGGAAUGGGAUUGGGUGGCGGCAUACCCGGUUCCGGCGGCGGGGAGCAGCUGCGGCGGCAAAGGUCGGCCGAAUGGCACAGCCACCGCCACGGGCAUGGCAUGGGGCACGGCCACGGUAUGGGGCAUGGCCAUGGAUACGGUAGUAGCAGCGAGGACGAGUACCAGAACACCGGACAGGCCACGGCCUUCGAUACCCAGCUACUUGCCCAGCUGCUCCUCCAGAGUCAGCAACUAGCAAGUAUGGAACACUAUAACUCGGACUGCGAACCCGACUACUUGAGGCAACGCGAUCGCCGCUUAGACGAAUCCUCCAUGGACGAGACCACGCCCAGCCCUGCCCCCGGGCCCGGCCCCGCCCCCGAAGUCACCUACGCCCAGCCGCACCAGCAGCGCACAUCGCUGGGCGGUUCACCGCUCAAAGUGUCCACUGUAUCGGCCGGGAAGUACCAAUCGAACGCCAACCUGGGUCUGUUCCCCAACAGCAGCAGCAGUGGCAGCAGCAUCCAGAACUCCGCCGGAUUGCCAGGAUCAGGAGGCCUGGGUGGAGGAGGGGUCACCUCCACCGUUAAUACGCCGCGCAGUACAAAUCCCUUCCUCAGUUCCAGCAAAUUUCCGGGCGACGACAGUGAUCCUGUCGUCCUGCCAGCCUCGGCCUCGUCCUCGACCGCCGCCUCCAAUUCCCACUCGAACCGCAGCCACCGGAACUCCGGCGCCGCCCGGAGCACUCUCAACCGACUGAGUCAGAUGACCAGCUCCAGCAGUGAUUCCAUGCGGCAUCCCCAGCUGAAGCAGCUGCUCCAUCCCGAGGAGAAUCCCGGCGUGGAUCCGGUUCGGAGCAGUAGCCGGAGCAGCGGUACGGCGGAGUCCGAGGAGCCGCCACCAGAGCCGGCGCCCCCGGAGAUCCCGCCCCGCACCCAAUCCCUGCUGAUGUCCUUGCGGAAGCAUUCCGACUACAAGCUCAAGUACGAGGAGAAGGGCGACCAGAAGCACGAGGAGUUCAUCCCCACCAGCCAGCUGCAAAAGGAUUAUUUAAUCAGCGACAACCUCCGAUCGGAUCAGCAGCUUAAGCCUCUCUCGCCUGGCGAUUCUAAUGGGCUCGGCGGCCACCCCCAACAGAUGCCCCAAAGUAUGUCAACUGGCAGCAACACAAUCGGCCAUGGCGGCAUCGAUCGCGGAGGCGUCGGCCUGCCCAUGGGCGCUGGCACAAUGCCGGGAGGCGUAGGCGGAGGACCGCCAGUGGGCGGAGGGCCGCAAGUUGGACCGCCGGGAGGCGUUGGCGGCGGCAACGGUGGCAACUGCCAGAUAAGCGGCUCCCAGCCGCUGGUAAUGCCCGGAUUCCCGUUGCGUAAUUCGCACUCGGCCCACGCACCGCACUAUUCGCCAUAUUCGCCAUCCAGGUUUCACAUAGAUAAACGCUGUCAGCACCGAUGUUCCUGGAAAUGCUUGAGCAUCGCCUUAAUACUCGUAUCCGUCGUCCUAACCGCCAUGUUGGCAUACUUUGCAGCUGUUAGCUCAAUGAAACCCAACAUGGACUCCACCAACUGCAUCCUAGUCCAGGACGUCAAGUCCCAGCCCCACGACUUGCGCGGCGGCUUGGCGAAAGGCAACGAGAAGAACGGCGUGGCCACGGCAUAUCCCACAGAGGAAUCGAUCCAGACCAGCACCUCGGACCACGGCCAGAAUCACGGUGUCCACGGGCUGAUGAACCCGGCGGUGGUCGGCGGCGUUGGGGGCAAUGGGAUGGCCGGCGGGAAUGCCGGCAUCCAGCAGCAGUUGCUGUUGCAGCAACAACAGCCGCACUCGAUCAACCAGCCGCUGACCCCGUUGGACGCCACGAACACCCAGCUGCAGGAUCACCACCAGCUGACCUACGGCGGCAUACCCGGCAACGGGGCCAUCGGCGGCAUGGGCAUGGGCAUGGGCCCGGGGGGCCAGAUGAUGCAGCAGAACCACCAGGCGCUGCAGCCCCAGCUGGGCGGUGUGGUGGAGCUGAAGGAGUUCAACGAGGCCUACCACGCCACCAUACCCGCCUACCAGUUCUGGACCCUGGAAUUCCGCAACAAGCAUCCGGCCUUCAUUCGCUUCAACUUCACGCUGCCGUGGGGCGCCCACUUUGCGGUCUAUUCGCGACGCAACGUGGCUCCCUCGGUGACCCAGCACGACUUUGUGGAGUUCAUCAAAGGUGGGCGGCUGGACAGCCACCUGCGCCACCGUCGCAGCACCGGCAACGCCACCACCCACGACCUGGAGCUCUACCAGCAUCUGCGGGAGGAGGAGGAGAUGCGCUAUCGCACCGUUGACGACACCGACCAGGACCCGGACGACGAUCAGGACUCGGACGAGAGCCGCAGCUUUGAGUCGCGGGAGGACGACGUGGACAUACCCCUGAACAUUGCCAAGCAGCAUGUCCAGAAGUUCGGGAAACCGCAACAGCCGCAGGAGCAUUGGGUCAACAAGCGCUCCGCCGGCGACGGCCUGCCCGCCCUCGACGUGGACGCGAUGACCGUGAAUGUGUCCCUCCUGCAGUACCUGGACACUGGCCUGUGGUUCAUUUCCGUCUACAACGACGAGCUGGUGGCCCAUUCCGUCUCCCUCCUGGCCGAGGAGGCCGAGGGUGUCAGCACCACCUGCCCCAAUGACUGCUCCGGCCGUGGUAGCUGCUACCUGGGCAAGUGUGACUGCAUCGAUGGCUACCAGGGAGUGGAUUGCUCCAAAAGCGUGUGUCCUGUCCUCUGCUCCGCCCAUGGUCACUACGGGGGCGGAGUGUGCCACUGCGAAGAGGGCUGGAAGGGGGCGGAGUGCGACAUUCCGGUGGGCGAGUGCGAGGUGCCCAACUGCUCGGCCCAUGGACGCUGCAUCGAGGGCGAGUGCCACUGCGAGCGCGGCUGGAAAGGACCCUACUGCGAUCAGCACGACUGCCUGGAUCCGCUCUGCUCCGGACACGGCACCUGUGUGGCUGGACAGUGCUACUGCAAGGCCGGGUGGCAGGGCGAGGACUGCGGCACGAUCGACCAGCAGGUGUACCAGUGCCUGCCCGGCUGCUCCGAGCACGGAACCUACGACCUGGAGACCGGCCAGUGUGUUUGCGAGCGCCACUGGACAGGUCCCGACUGCUCUCAAGCCGUUUGCAGUCUGGACUGUGGACGCAAUGGAGUGUGCGAGUCUGGCAAGUGCCGCUGCAACUCUGGAUGGACUGGAAACCUGUGCGACCAGCUGCCCUGCGAUGCCCGAUGCUCGGAACAUGGGCAGUGCAAGAAUGGAACCUGUGUCUGCUCUCAAGGCUGGAACGGACGUCAUUGUACUCUGCCUGGCUGCGAGAAUGGCUGCUCCCGUCAUGGACAGUGUACCCUGGAGAAUGGCGAAUACCGCUGCGAUUGCAUUGAAGGAUGGGCCGGAAGCGACUGUUCCAUAGCACUGGAACUUAAUUGCAAGGACAAUAUCGAUAAUGAUGGCGAUGGAAUGACCGACUGUUCGGAUAGCGAGUGCUGCUCGCAUCCUGCCUGUUCGGAGCACAUUAUGUGCCUGUCCUCGAACGAUCCUGUGGAGGUGCUGCUCCGCAAGCAGCCCCCCUCGGUCACCGCCUCCUUCUACCAGCGGGUCAAGUUCCUGAUCGAAGAGAACUCAGUGCAAUCGUACGCCCACAUGGACGAGUACAGCGAAAAUCUCUUCUGGAGCUCAUUCACACCUUGUCGCGUUUCCGUGAUGAGGGGCCAGGUGAUCACGCCCCAGGGCCUGGGUAUCGUUGGAAUUCGAGUGUCCGUGGACCGUGACUCGCGAUUUGGAUUCACAUUGACCCGUCAAGGAGGAUGGUUCGAUGUCCUGGUAAACGGUGGCGGAGCGGUGACCUUGCAGUUCCAGCGCUCGCCCUUCCGGCCCCUGACCCGCACCGUCUUCGUGCCCUGGAACAGGAUCGUGGUGCUGCCGCCGGUCCAGAUGCAGCUCAGCGAUGACGAUGAGACCACCAGCAGGAAUAUCAAGGUGUCACCUCUGAACCCCGCUCUGACGUUCCUCAACUCGAUCCACUACCACACCGCCGACGAGGCCAACGACGCCAGCAAGGUCUGCAUGGAUCACGACCACGAGAAGCUCCGACCCCAGCUGAUCAGCACCUGGAUGCCCAACGGCGUGGGAGCGAUGCCCGGCAAGCGGGUCAUUUUCGCUGAGACCCAGAUUGUCCAGGAAUCCAUCCAGAUACCCGGCUCAGACCUCCACCUGACCUACCAGUCGUCGCAGGCCAGCGGCUACCUGAGCAUCGUGCGGAUGCGGCUGACGGCGGACACCAUACCGCCGACCCUCACCCACGUCCACGUGGGCGUGGAGAUCGAGGGGGCGCUGCACGUGAAGACCUACGAGGCGGACCCCAGUCUGGUGCACACGUUCGCGUGGAACAAGCGCAACGUCUACCGGCAGAAGGUGUACGGGGUGACGGUGGCGAGGAUCUCGGUGGGCUACCAGCACAGCACCUGCCAGUCGCCGGUGUGGAUCGCCCAGACGGCCAAGCUCCAGGGCUACGACGUGGACAUAUCGGACAUCGGGGGCUGGGGCCUGGACAUCCACCAUCACUACAACUUCCACGAGGGCAUCCUGCAGAAGGGCGACGGCAGCACGCUCCACAUGAAGGAGUAUCCGCGUACCGUUAAGGUGGUGAUGGGCACCGGCCUCCAGCGGCCGCUCACCUGCCCGGACUACUGCAACGGCGUGGCCAAGGACGCCAAGCUACUGACCCCCAUCGCCCUGGCUACCGGCCCCGACGGCAGCCUCUACGUGGGUGACUUUAACCUGGUGCGUCGCAUCACGCCCGACGGCAAGGUCUUCACCAUCCUGCAGCUGAGCGCCACCCAGGUGUCCUACCAGUACUACCUGGCCGUCUCGCCCGCCGACGGACACCUCUACAUCUCCGAUCCGGAGCGCCACCAGAUCCUGCGCCUGCUGCGCCUCGAGAAGGUCAAGGACCCGAGCAUCAACAGCGACCCGGUGGUCGGCAGCGGCCAGCGGUGCAUUCCCGGCGACGAGGGCAACUGCGGUGACGGCGGUCCGGCGCUCCUGGCCCGCCUCUCCCAUCCCAAGGGCCUGGCCAUCGCCGCCGACCGGACCAUGUACAUCGCGGACGGCACCAACAUCCGAGCCGUCGACCCCAAGGGAGUUAUCCACACGCUGAUCGGCCACCAUGGCCACCACAACCACUGGAGCCCGGCGCCCUGCAGCGGCACCCUGAUGGCCAACCAGGCCCAGCUGCAGUGGCCCACCGGCCUGGCGCUGAGCCCGCUGGACGGCUCCCUGCACUUUAUCGACGACCGUCUGGUCCUGCGACUCACCUCCGACAUGAAGAUCCGCGUGGUGGCCGGCACGCCGCUGCACUGCAGCAACGGCGGACAGGACGGGCGCGUGAACAAGACCGGAACGGAUAACGUCCUGGGCACUGUGCUGGCGAUGGCCUUCUCGCCGUUCGGUGACCUCUACAUAGCGGACAGCGACUCGCGGCGCAUCAACUCGAUCCGGGUGGUGGACACGGCCGGAAACAUGCGUUACUUUGCCGGAAAGCAGGAGGGCACAGGAUCCCAGACCUGCGAAUGUGCCAUCGGUGGCGGCAGCAACGGCAGCUCCGCUGGUGUGGGUCAUGGCGCCGGUGGCGCCUACUCCACCACCGUGAAUCCCACGCGAAAUAAUGGCGGCACUACGCCCACCACCCCCUCGGGCGGAAACGGAAGCGGAAACGGAAAUGGCAGCGGUUCGUCGGCAACUUCGGGCGCCUCCGGCAGCAACGGGCCCAGCAAUGGCAAUGGCGGCGGUGCCUCUGGCGGCAGUGGUGCGUGCAUCUGUGCCGGCGGCAUUGGCGUCUCGACCGGAUCCGGCUCGAUCUCCGGCAAUGGAGCGGGCGGCACCCUGGCCAGCAUCGUCGGCGGCGGCGGUCUGAUGUCCACGGGACCCACCACCACCACCACUGUGCUGUUGGGCGCCAAGACCACAGCGUCGGGCAUCGGUGGGGGUGGCGGUGCAGCGACCUUGAACGAUGACGGUACGCUGAGCAAUGCGGAGACCCUGCUCUCCUCGAAUGCCCGAUUCCAGGCUAUAUCCGCCAUAGCAGUGGCCCAGGAUGGUGUCAUCAAUGUGGCUGAUCAGGGAUCCCUGCAUGUCCUGGCCUUGGAACACUAUCUGCCAUCGCACGACGAGAACGGCGAGUUCCACAUUCCCUUCCCGCCGUCCAGCGAGAUCUACGUCUUCAACCGUUACGGCCAGCAUGUGGCCACCAAGGACCUGACCUCCGGCAAGACCCGCUACAGCUUCCUGUACUCCAAGAACACCAGCUUCGGGCGACUGUCGACGGUGACCGAUGCCUCCGGCAACAAGAUCCAGUUCCUGCGCGACUACAGCAACGUGGUGAGCUCCAUCGAGAACACGCAGGACCACAAGUCCGAGAUCCAGAUCAACGGCAUCGGCAUCAUGACCAAGCUGAGCGAGAAGGGUCGACAGGAGAUCGAGCUGGACUACGACAGCAACACCGGGCUGCUCAACUCGCGCUCCUCCGGCGGCGAGACGUACAUCUACCAGUACGACGAGUUCGGCCGGGUGACCGGCAUGAUCCUGCCGAGUGGCGAGAUCGUUAGGAUUACCUCACAGCUGGCGGACAGUCAGGGCCUGACCGUCUACGUCCACGCCUCCGUGGAGUCCUUGUUCUCCCGCGAGCGCAUCUCCGGCGAGGCCAACGAACUGCUCGUCCUGGGCGGAGUCCGGUCCACGUUCCUCAAGCGCGGCCAGGCCCACGCCGAUGCCGAGCUGAAGGCCAACAACACCCUGGUCAUCCACGGCGACAACGGCGUGGUGGUGGAGUCCUCCGCCGUCGCCCGACACCCGCUGCUGGAGGCGGCCCUGCCCGUCGAGGCCGAGAUGCUGGCCAUGUGGUCGCACCAGAGCGUCACCAUGGGCGAGGGCCUGACCAACUCCAUGUACUCCGUGUACAGCCUGGUGGGCGAUGUGCGAAACCCUCAGCAGACCCUCAACCGGGAGAUCUGGGUGAACCAGUCGCGGGUGAUCGGCGUGGAGUUCGACCAGUUCACCAAUCGGGAGACCUUCUACGACGCCCGGCGCACCCCCAUCCUGAUCGUGGCCUACGACCAGUCCGGCCUGCCCAAGAGCUACUACCCCACCAACGGCUAUCCGGUGAACAUCACCUACGACCGCUUCAACCGCGUCGAGGGCUGGGCCUGGGGUCCCGCCGAGCUCAAGUACAGCUACGACCGGCACGGCCUCCUCUCGGAGAUCACCUCGCAGCAGGACGGCAUCGUGUCCUUUGUCUACAACGACUGGAACCUGGUCUCCGAGAUCGGGCUGGCCAGCCAGCGCAAGUUCGUCCUGCAGUACGACGACGCGGGAGGUCUGCGGCACGUGGUCCUGCCCUCCGGCACGCGGCACAGCUUCAGCAUGCAGACCUCGAUCGGCUUCAUCCGGUGCACCUACACCCCGCCGGGCAGCACGCGGGCCUACCUCCAGCACUACAGCCACGCCGGUGCCCUGCUGCAGACCAUCCUUCCCGGAGACGGAGCUCGGAUCGUCUACCGCUACAACGCCGCCGGCCAGCUGACGGAGGUCGUCCACGGCGACGGCCGGAGUGAGUUCCAGUACAAUGAGGCCACCGGCAUGCCGAGCACGGUGUCGCAUACGGAGCGGGAGCUGGAGUACCGCUGGGACUUUGAGUACUCCGCCGGGCUGCUGUCCGAGGAGCGGAUCGACUACGUGGCCAAGACGGGCCUGAGCAACGCCAAGUUCAGCUACGAGUACGACUCCCAGCUGCGGGUGGUGGCCCUGCAGGGCAGGAUCGGCGGCCAGAGCCUGCCCUCGCAGGCCUUCGCCUACGAUCCUCGCACCGGACGCCCCAGCCUGAUCGGCCAGUUCCGGUUCUCGCAGCCGGCCCAGAACCAGACGCAGCUGCACGACGGCACCGCCAGCUUCACGCGCACCGUGGACGGCCGCUUCCAGACGCAGCGCAUGGCGCUGGCCAUCCACCGGCUGGAGGUGUUCCGCAUGGAGUUCUCCUACGGAGUGCACGGCCGGAUCUCGCAGACGCGGACCUACACGCGGAACAUGGCGGUGAACAGCUACACGAACGUGAAGAACUACACGUGGGACUGCGACGGGCAGCUGGUGGGCGUGGAGGCCCAGGAGCCGUGGGGCUUCCGCUACGACGACAACGGCAACCUGCUCUCCCUCACCUACCGCGGCAACACCAUCCCCAUGGAGUACAACGCCCAGGACCGGAUCGUGAAGUUCGGCGAGGGGCAGUACAAGUACGAUGCCCGCGGCCUGGUGGCCCAGAACGCCCGCGAGGAGCGCUUCCACUACAACACCCAGGGUCUGCUGGUGCGGGCCUCGAAGCGGGGUCGCUUCGACGUGCGCUACUACUACGACCACCUGAAGCGCCUGACCACCCGCAAGGACAACUUCGGCAACGUGACCCAGUUCUUCUACACGAACCAGCAGCGGCCCUACGAGGUCAGCCAGAUCUACUCGCCGCGCGACGGCAAGCUCAUGUCCCUGACCUACGACGACGUGGGCCACCUCAUCUACGCGCAGGUGUACCGCCACAAGUACUACGUGGCCACCGACCAGAGCGGCACGCCCCUGAUGCUCUUCAACCAGUACGGCGAGGGCAUCCGCGAGAUCAUGCGCUCCCCCUUCGGCCACAUCGUCUACGACUCCAACCCGUACUUGUAUCUGCCCAUUGACUUCUGCGGCGGCAUCCUCGACCAGGUCACCACCCUGGUGCACAUGGGCGACGGCCGGGUCUACGAUCCCCUGAUCGGCCAGUGGAUGUCGCCCGACUGGCAGCGCGUCGCCGAGCGGAUCAUCACCCCGACCCGUCUGCACCUCUACCGGUUCAACGGCAACGAUCCCAUCAACGUGGGCCACGAGCGCCAUUACCCCGAGGACUUUGCCGCCUGGAUGAAGACGCUGGGCUACAACGUGGGCAACCUGGUGCCCCAGCUGGCACGCAACCUGUGGCAACCGCCAGCGCUGUGGGGCCGUCCGCCCGCCAACCCGGUGGCCCUCAACCUGCGUCGGCCCUUCGACAACAUACCCACGAUGGCGGUGGAGAGCGGCUUCCUGGCGCACCUCAACAUCCGCCGGAUGUCCGACUUCGAACAGCUGUCGGCGCCGCCAAGGUCGGCGCUCAAGUGCGACGUAAUGGACCCAUCGCCGCGAUCGAUCGGCUCGGACACGGAGCCGCCGUUUGGCAAGGGCAUUGUGGUGUCCCGCACGGCCGACGGCCAGGCCAUUGUGUCCAGUGUGCCGGCGGCCAAUGCCAUCUACCGGGACGUCUACACGAGCGUCUUCAACCGGUCCAAGCUGCUGCCCUUCACGUUCGUUGUGCACAACGCCCAGCAGGACUCGUUCUUCUUCGUGAAGGAGGACGCCUGGCGCGCCACCGAGGACCGGCAGCAGCUGAAGCGGCUCCAGGGUCAGGUGAACACCACCUUCCACGAGAUCACCCGCGAGAGUCCGGUGGGCGGUGCUGGCGGCCAGUCUGGCUCCAGCAGCUCGGCCUCCUCCUCCUCCUCCUCCUCGGGCGCUUCGUCGGGCGGCAACUACCUGGACGUGAAGAUCCACGGAGCGCAUGCCAUCAUCAACCUGCGCUACGGCACCACCGUCGCCAAGGAGCAGCAACGCCUGAUGCACCACGCCAAGCUGACGGCAGUGCGGAAGGCGUGGCACCGCGAGAAGGAGGCGCUGCGCAGCGGCCUCACCACCGCCCUGGAGUGGAGCCAGCAGGAGAGCGAGGAGAUCCUGAAACAGAGCUACGCCAACAACUACGAGGGUGAGUACAUCCACGACGUCGCCCUGUACCCGGAACUGGCGGAGGAUCCCUACAACAUCAAGUUCGUGAAGAAGAAGGGCGCCACCGGCGGUGCGGCGGGGGUGCCCAACUCCCGACGACGCCGAAGAUCCACAGACUCGCAGACCUCGUCCUCGUCCGACUGUUAGCUCGCGGCGAUCCGACCAGGAGGCCAGGAGGCAUCCACCCUCAACUAGAAAGCGCGGAGGAGAAACAGUUAAACCGAAGAACAGGAGACAUAAUUAUUUAUAUUUAUACAUACAUAUAGAUAUAUAUAUAUAUAUACUCGUAUAUAUAUAUAUAAAAUAGUGCAUAAAUCUAUGUUAUCGAACCAGUUUUUUGAUGUCAAGGAACAUUAUAUAUAUACACGUAUACAUAAUAUUUUUUUUUUAUUGUUAGCCACUAGAGAAAAUAGAAGGAUAAUGGAAAGAUGAGGAAGAGGAAGCGACAUGCCAACAUAAUCCCAUGUAGCUGCAUGUGCGUGUAUAUGUGUGUGUGUGUGUGUGUCGUCAGCUAAAGAUACAGAUACCGAUACAGAUACAGAUAGAAGCACGGAUACAAGAGUUAUAGAUAUACAGAUAUAUAUAUAAAGGAUAGCAUAGUGUAGUAGUCAUAUGAAGCAUAAUGCGUACCAUACUUACCGACAUAUGUACAUGCAUACUCACCACAAUAAGGGGGGAGCGGGGCUAUUUAGGGGGGGGACUACAUAUUAGAACAGGGGGAGGGGGGACGAUCUGGAACGAAGGUGUAUCUUUUUUUCGUGGUACUCGAGCUUUUUGAGACUGGCAUAGUUUUAAACAAAAAAACACAAAACCCACACCACAUACCACAUACCACCCACGGGGACUGACCGACGGACAUAAAGCCGAUCCUGACGGAUCCACCCAACCACAGAUUGUACAUAUACGAGGCAGAGAUGGGGCGGGGCGGGAUGGACGGCUGGGAGACCAAAAACACACACAUACAGCCUACACUAAACAACCAGUUCUGGGGUUGUGGGAGAUUUUUGCUUAGCGAAAGCUUUCUCUCAUUUGCUUUGCACAGUGUCAGCUUCAAAAAUUCAUUCUGCAAAAAAAAAUUAAGAAAUCUUAAGAGAAGAGGAAACAAAAAAAAACGAUUAACCUAAUUAUU